AUGAGUCAAGGGCAACGCCAACUUGUGGGAAUGAUGGUCUUUAUCUGGUUCGUCUGCCUCUGGGUCGGCCUGAAAAUGAUGGAGGCAGCACAGUACAGCAACAGGAGCCCACUUCUCCCAACAACAAACGCUCUCCUUGACACCCCAGACCUCUACCACAGUCUGACCGUCCCAUUACUCAAUCUCGUCAACCGCACUAAACUAAUCUCCACCCGCUGUGGAGCCACGACCCUCGAACCACACCUCCUUUCCUUCCUCACCAACGACCUCGUCGGAUCACCUCUUUCUACCACCUCCACGACGACGACAAGUUCUAAUAAUGAUGACACGCUCGCCAAUACGACCACCACCACAACCACAACCGAGCAGUCGGCGGCAGCCGGAGCAUUGAUCAAGAGGACACGGCCGUACCGGUAUUUGUUCGCACUGGUCCUCCAGGACUCUGAAACAAUCCUGCCCGAUGUAUUGACACGCACCCUGGAGACGAUCUCGAUCAUGGGGCCUGAUAACUGUCAUCUGUCGGUGGUCGAUCAUGCGUCGACGGAUGCGACCAAGGUGAUGUUGCGGAUGUUGAAGGAGUUCUUGGAUUUGUAUAAUCGUGGCGAUAUCCAGUUGUCAAAUUCUACCCCGUCGUUAUCGUCAUCUUCAAUGGAGGCGGUUGAGAAGCGUGCUGUAGAAGAGACCGAGAGAGUUGAGCGAGGAGUACGAGGUCAGGACCAGGACAAGAAGCACAAGGCGAAGAAGGACAAGAAGCAGAAGAAGCAGUACUUGUCGUAUACAAUCACGACUAUGACCGCACGGGACGCGUCUGCCGAGAAUGUUGCUCGGAUUAAGGACCUCGCAUUAGACCCUCUCCUCGCAGCCGCAUCUACUUCAGAAGUCGUCGUGAGCGGUGGCUCAGACAAGAGCGGCGCUAAGGGAGAAGGAGAGGAGGAUGAAGGUGUGGCGUUUGACAGGAUCAUCUUGAUGGAUCCAGCGGUGACCUGUGCGGAGGAUCUGUUGGAACUGGUCUUCCAGAGUCUGCUUCAAGAUGCUGAUGUGACUUGUGGUAUGGAUCUCGGGUACUAUUCGACCGCAGAUGCUGGAGAAACUGUUGGUGCUGAGGCGGAUGUUACUGCUACCGAUCCUGACAAGCUCCAAGAUGGUGUCUACGAUAGCACUGUAACGCGCGAUAUGCUCCACCAAAAGCUCCACCGAUCCUCCCCCUCUUCCUCUUCCUCCGCCCAGACCAACAAACAAAUCUCAAACGACCCACUCACACAGACCCGGUUCUCCAAACGUGUUCCCUUCCAAGUCGAAUCCUGUUGGAGUCGUGCUGUGGUGUUAAAGGCUGCAUCUGCGCUCAGGGUGUCUGGUGUGCCUUCGGGGAAACCGGUGUUGUUCGCGGAGGUUGUUGAAAAGCAGACGAGGGAGGAGAUUGUGGAAGUGAAGGAAGGGGAGGGUGAGCAGUGUGCGACGACUCAUACGGUGCAGGAUGAGCGUAAUAUGUUCUCCAAUGCCCUCUGGAGCACUACAGCACCAUCAACAGAAUCAUCAGGAACAGAAACAUCCUCUCCAGCAGCCGACACCACCAACAUCGUCAAGAUGGUGGUCGUCCCCUCGAUCCAAUUCACAACCUCACCCAAAGAAUACGCCCUUCAAGGCCGCUUCGACAGCUGGGGAUUAUGGCCAAAGACCGAAAAGCAAUACCGUAACGAACUCGAGACCCGCCUCAUCGCUGCCAGUCAUCGCCCCCUAUAUGGGUACCGCCCGUCAACGUCGUCGUACGGAUACACCCCCCGGGUGGAGGAGGAGGAUUCUGCGGGUGGGGUGGCUGGUCUGUUGGAUGUUGUGUUUAGCGGACUGCAUGGGCAAGCGGACAAGGGCACGACAGAGGAACAGGAUGGGGAGCAGGAUCAUAAUCAAGAACAGAAGGACAGAGAAGAACAGGAGAGGAAGGAGGAGGAGGAGAGAAUGGUGUCGGCGAUUGUACCAGAGGAGACGGUGGAGGGACUAAGAGUACGGUUAGAGGCUGUGGGAGCUGUAUUUGGGGUGCAGGAUAUCCAGAAUGCGGUGCUUGCCAAGCGGGAUUCAGAUUUGAUCCUGGACUGGCGUCCGCGGUUUGCUAUGGCCAAUGCUCCACCUGGCAGUGUCGACUGCUAG